UAUUCUUAAACCUAUCAAUCAUCACGCAAAGUAUAUAGAUGGCUUACAUUAUGAUAUCGAAAACUGUGAAAUAAUAUAUACGUAAUACAUGUAUAUAAGAAAACAAGUAGUGGCACUUAUAUUAAUAUAGCAUCGCGAUAAUCUUUUGUUUAUAAUAAUCACAUAGUAUUAGGCCAAGUUGUUCAAUUUACCAACUUCAACCCUACGUAUAAACUGGUUGUCAGAUAUGAUAGUUCAGUUCAAUAAUUUUGCUUUAACGUGUAAGCUUAUAACAUCAUCCUAGUUUUCAGUUGCUUAAAUUUUUAUUUUACAAACUAUCACUUAUUAGUUAAAAACAUGUAUUUUUAACGUUGAUUUAUUAUGAUAUUACAAUUAUGAGAAAAAUUAAAUAGAAGAUUCGACAACCGAUAAUACUAUAUAUCUUAUGAGGUUCUACGCCUAAAUGCAUCACCUGAACCGUCAUACGAAAACCUACGCCUAACCGGAUUUACUUGCACCAUAUUGAAGAUCCCUUGUAAGUUUUUUUCCAUAUUUUGUAUAAUUGUUUAAUAAAUCAUUUUUCCGAGAAUUAAAACAUGGACCUCUUAUAAUGCGCGAUCUGCAAGAAAUUGCAUAGUCUGGAAUUUAAACUCCAGACAUGGGUGUAAAAUGCAAAACUAACCUCCAACUUAAAAUUUUUUAAAACUUUAACCAUUAAGCUACGGUAAUUCCACAUUUAAAUGCAUGUUUAGACGCGAACAUACGAGUAUAUAGGACUAUAUAUUACAUAGCUCUCACUUUUUUCCUAUAUCAUUCUUUCACAAAAAGAACAUAAAAUAUAAUACAUUCUUUAAGAAGUUGAGAUAUCGAUACAUUGUUUCCACUUUUCAAAUUAAAAAGGUAUAUCAGAAAAUACUACACCAGUGUUGGCUUUAUCUAUACCAUAUAUAUGAACGUUAAUGUGUCACAAAAUGUCAUUUAUUUAAAUUUGGAUAGUAUAACAUGAAAAGAAUAAUUAAAUAAAAUAAAAUUUUAAAAAACUCUCCAACUUGCAGAAUCUAAGAACUCUCUUUUUCUCCUCCUUAUAAGGAACCCUCUAUUGCUAUUUCGUUCUCACUCUCUCCUCAAGUAACAUUAAUGGCGUCAAACUCUAGAAGCUCGUCAUGGACGUUUAAGCAGAACAAGAUGUUCGAGAGAGCCUUGGCAGUUUACGACAAGGACACACCAGACCGAUGGCACAAUGUAGCAAAAGCUGUCGGAGGGAAAUCUGCAGAGGAAGUGAAGCGUCACUAUGACAUCCUCGUCGAAGAUCUCAUCAACAUCGAAACUGGUCGUGUCCCUUUGCCCAACUACAAGACAUUCGAAUCUAACUCCAGAGGCAUCAAUGACUUCAACACGAGGCUAAUGAAAAAUUUGAAGAUCUAAUGAAGUUUAUCGUGUUUAAAUGUAAGGAUUCAGAAGAAUAUGUGACUCUUCUGAUUAUUGAUUAUGUUUGUAUUGAUCGUUUGCUUUCAUAUUGUGUGUUUGUCUACUACUAUAAUUAAAGAAUUAAAGAAAGUAAAACUCAGUCAAAUAUUUUUUUUAUAAUUAUUAAAUCAACUGGAGAAUAUAAUAAACAUUUGAAAGCCGA